CAGACAAAGCCUAACCAAACCAAAUAAUAAGCAACAAUCAAUUAAGCCUUAAUCAUUAUCAAUUAACCACUAAGUGGCACUAACAAGAAGAAACUAACACACCAAAUAAAAAAAAGGUUAAACCACUUCACAGUUGAGUCUCCACCAUUUCCUUCCCUGUAUCCUCGCACACCUCACCCCACCCCCCUCACCCACUUCCACCAUCGCCACCACUACUCGGAGGAUACUUUCGCCACCGCCACCACCAUCACCACUACCAGAUCCUUCUCGCUCUGAAUUUGAUUUCGAAUUUUGAAUUCUUUUCGCGAUGAACGAUUUCGAUGGCCUCUUAGCUACCGAUUUCGGGUUCAAACCCCAAGGUAAAUCGGCUCCGAUGGCCGCAUCUAAAGGAUCCUCCAAUUUCGCAACCGCCAGUUCUUCACUCAACUUCGAUUUAGGUUCCAAGCCACCUCGAACCUCCAAUUCCUUCUCCGGCGGCACCGAUUCCCUUUUCUCCGACCACAAGACUCAAGAUUCCGGCGGCUUCGGCGACAUAUUCGGAGGCUCCGCCAGGUUCGCAGACAAAUCGGACGGGCGAGGAACCUCCGACGCGGCCUUCAACCUAGACUCUAUGUUCUCCAGCUCCAGGUCCGUGAAUUUGCCGCCGGUUUACGACAAGCCGGUGUAUGACGACGACAUUUUCGACGGCGUACCUGGCCUGAAGAGCACGACGUCGUCUUCGAAGGCUGCAUAUGAGGACGUUUUCGCUGGUGCCAGCGGAGGGAGUGGAAGCGGUGGCAGCGCAUUCGAUGAUCUGCUCGGAGGAUUCGGAAAGGCGGAGCAAGAUUCGAAGAGCUCCAGUGGGAGGAGAUUGGAGAAGGAGGAUAAAGGUGUGGCAGAUUUUGAUGAAUUGUUACCUGGAUUUGGAAGCAGUAAGAGUUCUAAUGAUGGGUCCACUCCCGAUGUUGGUUUGUCAUCAGAACCUACAAUCAAUGCAUCUAAAACAGCUCCCACUGCUACAGAAGACCCAUUCAAUGUUUUUGAAUCAGCUUCUAGUCCAGUGGAUUCUACAUCAGGCCACUUUACUGACCCGUUGGAAGAAAUUAGUAAACCUAGCAGUUCAAGAAGCACAAAAAAUGAUAGAUCAUCAAAUUCAAAUGGUGUACUUUAUGAUGAUAUUGAUCCCUUUGAUGGACUUGGACAAUCUGUGCCAGCAUUCUCAUCAGAGAGAAGUAACAGGAAGGGUAGCAGUUCCCCACCCCAAAGGUCAAAUGCAAGCACUGGUUGGACUAGAGACAAAGAAUCAGUUGAGAAAUCAUAUAUUAGGAGCCCUGAGAGACACUCACAAAACAAGAUGCAUGCUGAACAGGAGAAUGAGUUUCAUCAAGCUCCAUUUGAAGUUCCUACAUACUCAUCUAAUUCUAAUAAACCAGCACGCCACAGGUCUACGUCUCCCCCAUAUGAUAAUGGUGGUUUUAGACAGACUAAUGUUCAGGCAGAUAUGCCUCCAACAUAUGAAGAAAAUUUGGAAUCUAGUGAUGAUAUAUGGCUAACAGUAUCAGAGGUUCCCCUUUUUACUCAACCAACUGCUGCUCCGCCACCUUCAAGACCACCUCCUCCACGUCCAGUACAUAUCCACAAGUCAGGAACAGGUUCAUCUACUUCUACUACCAAUGCCAGAAAGAAGGAUAGUGAAUUUUUGUCAUUUCCGAGUUCCGCUCGAUUUUCUCAGGUUCCUAAAUCUGCUCCUGCUGCAGCAAAGUUAUCCUCUACAUCUCCGUUUGAUGAACUAGAAGAUUUUGCCAUGGGCAGAAGUCAUGUUAAUGACGAAGACCUUGGAAAUGGUUUUCCUGAUGAAGAAAUAGAAAUGAACUCUGCUGCUGCAGCUAUGAAGGAGGCUAUGGACAAAGCCCAAGCUAAAUUUAGGCAUGCAAAAGAAGUUAGGGAGAGAGAAAGUACAAAGGCUGCUAGAAGCAGAGAAACUGUGCAAAUGGAAAAGGAUGACAGAGCUGUACUAGAAGAGAGAGAGAGGCAGGAAAGGUUAGACCUUGAGCGACAGCAGAAGGAAAGGGAGGAGAAAGAAAAAGAAAGACAGCGACUUGAGAGGGAGAGAGAAAGAGAAAUGGCAAGACAAGCUGUUGAAAGAGCUACUAGAGAAGCCCGUGAAAGGGCUGCUAUUGAAGCUCGCCAAAGGGCUGAGAGGGCAGCUGUUGGGAAAGCCAAUGCUGAAGCUCGAGAACGCGCAGAAAGGGCUGCAGUUCAGAGAGCACAAGCUGAAGCCCGUGAAAGGGCUGCUGCUGAGGCAAAGGGAAGGGCUGAAAAGGCUGCAGCUGAGGCAAGGGAAAGGGCUGAAAAGGCUGCAGCUGAGGCAAGGGAAAGGGCUGAAAAGGAGGCUAGGGACAAGGCUGCACGGGAAAAAGCUGCAGCUGAGGCACGUGUUAAAGCAGAACGUGCUGCAGUAGAAAGAGCUGCUGCUGAGGCUCGGGAAAGGGCUGCUGCAGAAGCUCGAGAAAGAGCUGCAGCUGCUGCAAGGAUGAAGCAACAAAAUAACGAAAAUGAUCUUGAAUCAUUCUUCAGCAUGGGUUCACGAGCCAGCAGUGUGCCAAGGCCUCCUAGGACUAGCUCUUCAGACACUGUAUUUGAUGCCCAAUUUCAGUCAGAUGUAACUAGGAAAUCAACUAGUGUAUCUUCAAGCAUGAAGAAAGCAUCAUCAUCGGUUAAUAUUGUUGAUGAUCUUUCCUCCAUUUUUGGAACUGCUCCAUCAUCAGGAGAAUUUCAGGAAGUUGAAGGAGAAAGUGAAGAAAGAAGAAGAGCCAGGAUGGAACGCCACCAGAGGGCACAGGAGCGGGCGGCAAAAGCAUUGGCUGAGAAGAACCAACGGGAUCUACAAACUCAAAGAGAGCAAGCUGAGAGACACAGGCUUGCAGAGACACUGGAUUUUGAAAUUAAGCGCUGGGCUGCAGGAAAGGAGGGGAACUUGCGUGCUUUGCUCUCCACCUUACAAUAUGUGCUGUGGCCUGAAUGUGGUUGGCAACCAGUUUCUUUGACUGAUUUAAUUACAGGCGCUGCUGUUAAAAAGGCUUAUAGGAAAGCUACACUGUGCAUUCAUCCUGAUAAAGUGCAACAGAAGGGUGCCACACUUCAACAGAAAUAUAUUGCCGAGAAGGUGUUUGAUCUGCUAAAGGAAGCAUGGAAUAAGUUCAAUUCAGAGGAGCUUUUCUAAUAACAUCUUUAUUAGAAAAGGACCACAAACCUAGUAGUUUGCACUGCUCAUCAACCUAAUCUGUUGAGAAAGGACCACAAACCCUGCUUCAGCUGUGCCCUUCCCUAUAGCAUGUUGUUUCAAUUCUGAGCUGCUGUAUUGCAUUGCAUUGAUGGAGAAACAUUGCUUUCCUUGCAUAGCCUCAAGAAGCCCCAAUGUUUUCACAGGAAAAUGAUUAAGUCUUUGGUGCCAUGGACAUUCUUCCUCGGGGGCAUGUUUUGUUUGUGUAAAAUAUUUUUGUUAUAUAGUGAUCUACUGAAUACAUGUUAUACCAUCGUGUGGAUUGAUAUCAGAAUGUGGAAAUGCAUUACAGUCAUACAGUGUAUUAUGAUUGAGUUGAAAAA